CCGAUCUCUGUUUUGAACCGACGAUAAGAUCAGUUCCUAUAAAAACUGAAACACAAGUGAAUUAAAUCAGUGGAUAUCCUCCAGUCUUCGAACAAACAUACAUCAUGAACUCAAUCGUUGCCGUAGUUUUCUUUGCCGCCCUUGCUGCCGCUAGCGCAGGCAUAGUAACACCCAGCGGUUUGAUCGCCACUUCUUACGCUGCUCCAGCCCUUGCCGGUUACUCUGCGCCACUUGCUUACAACGCCCAUUUGGCCUACAAUGCACCUUUGGCUUACAACACACCUUUGGCUUACAACGCCCCUUUGGCUUACACCGCACCUCUGACUGCCUCAGCCUACACCGCCUACUCAGCCCCAGUCGCUACUCUUGGACAUGCUGCUGAAAGCACAGUAGUUGCUGGACCAUCUGGAACCAUCACCAACACCAAGAGCGUUGCUACCCCAACAAUUGCUGCAAGGUACGCCGUUCCAAGCGCCUACACUUACGGAGGACUCUAUUUGUAAAUAAAUUGAUUAUCGAGACUGAAUAAAUGUAAAAAAAUCUA